AUGGUUGGGCUUGCUUCAGCAGCAGGUCUGGUUGGCUUUCUCUCCGAGCCUGACCCAGAGCUGAGAGUGUUCGCUUUGAAGACGUUAGAUUCUCAGAUCGACCUGCUCUGGACAGAGGUCGUCGAUUCCAUUCCGCAAAUAGAGGCGCUCUACGAAGAUGAAACCUUCGCCGAGCGCGGCCUCGCCGCUCUAGUCGCCGCCAAGGUCUACUACCACCUUCAAGAAUACAACGAGAGUAUGGUGUUUGCUCUAGGUGCUGGCAAGCUUUUCAACCUAGACAACGGCGGUGAAUUCGAGGAGACUAUCAUUGCCAAAUGCGUCGAUACAUUCAUUACGCUAUCCGCCUCCCAACGGCCUGUUGGCGGCGAUCAACCCGCCAACCUGAACACCGCGUUCCCCAUCACCGUUGAAGGCGCCACCAGCACCUCUGCCAGCCUCACGUCGCCGAUCACUCCAUUCUCACAAUCUGCCCUGCCAUCAAAGUCAUUACUAUCCAGGCAGGAAGGACCUGGAGCGGACGGCGCUAUCCCCGAAGAUACUGGCGUCAAGGAUGUCGAAAUUCCUCUUGUUCUCAAGCGAGGAGUUCAAGGCCAGUUGCAAUCCGUCAUUGAGCGUUUGUUUGAGCAGUGUUUUGUCCAGAAGCGCUAUCGCCAAGUCAUUGGUAUCGCAAUUGAAGCCAAGAACCUGGAUGUGCUUCGCCGGGCUAUCAUUCGCGCUAGCGCGGACGAGAACAAGCAGAAUGGCGAGUCCCGCCGAAGCGAGGAGUUGAUGGAAUACGUGCUGGACAUUUGCAUGGGCAUCGUUCAAGAGCGAGGUUUCCGCAAUGAGAUUCUGAAACUCAUUCUCGAUCUGCUUAACGAAAUCCCCGCCCCCGAUUACUUCUCAAUUGCCAAGUGUGUCGUAUACCUUAAUGAACACUCCAUGGCUUCCGUUAUCCUUCGCCAGUUGGUAGAAAAGGGCGAUGCACGUUCGCUGGCUGUUGCCUAUCAGAUUUCUUUCGAUCUCUACGACAACAGUACCCAGGAGUUCCUCCAGAAAGUUCAUCAGGAGAUUGCUGAACUUGUUCCGGAACAGAAGGAAGAUUUGCCAGCGAAAGAUGACCAGGAGGAGCCAAAGGAGACCGAUACGUUGCUGGAGGGCCAAUCUUCAUCUAUUGGCGGCAAUGACGAAUCUAAACUGACGCCUGAGGCGCGGACGGCAUUCAAGAAUAUCCUGGAUAUCCUUGAUGGCCUGAAGACAAUUCAGCUGAACAUGGAAUUCCUGCACCGAAAUAACAGGGUGGAUAUAGCCGUCCUUAACAAGGUUCGGGACAGUUUGGAGCCUCGCAACUCAAUCUUCCACACUGCAGUAACCAUCUCAAAUGCUUUCAUGCAUGCCGGAACAGCGCAUGAUAAGUUCUUCCGCGACAAUCUAGAGUGGCUUGGCAAAGCAGUCAACUGGUCCAAGUUUACUGCUACGGCUGCACUAGGUGUCAUUCACCGUGGCAAUUUGAGCCAGGGACAGAAACUUCUACAACCAUAUCUUCCCAAGGACAACAUUGCAGGUGUUAGCGGUGCUGGGUCUGUUUACAGCGGGGGUGGUUCUCUGUACGCGCUCGGUUUGAUUUAUGCCAACCACGGCGGAAUGGCUAUCGACUAUAUACGUGACCAGUUCAAGAAGGCGACCGAAGAGGUUGUUCAACACGGUGGUGCCUUGGGUCUUGGCGUUGCAGGCAUGGCCACUGGGGAUGAGGGUAUCUACGAAGAUCUCCGGAAUGUUCUUUACACAGACUCUGCUCUCAACGGUGAAGCCGUCGGUCUUGCCAUGGGUUUAGUCAUGCUUGGUACUGGCAACAUGAAGGUGCUCGAAGACAUGAUUCAGUAUGCUCAUGAUACACAACACGAGAAGAUCGUUCGUGGUCUUGCCAUGGGCAUGGCUCUGAUCAUGUAUGGUCGUCAGGAAGCCGCAGAUGAGCUAAUCAACGGUCUUUUGGGUGACCCCGAUCCAACUCUACGCUAUGGUGGUAUUAUGACCAUUGCUCUCGCCUACUGUGGUACCAGCAGCAACAAGGCCGUUCGCAAGCUUCUCCACGUGGCUGUUAGCGAUGUCAACGAUGACGUCCGCCGAAUUGCUGUUCUGAGCUUGGGUUUCAUCCUCUUCAGAAAGCAUCAGAGCGUACCCCGGAUGGUGGAGUUGCUCUCUGAAUCCUACAAUCCUCACGUUCGAUAUGGUGCGGCAAUGGCUCUUGGUAUCUCAUGCGCAGGUACUGGCCUUGACGAAGCCAUUGAUCUCCUUGAGCCGAUGCUCAAGGACUCUACCGACUUCGUACGCCAGGGAGCCCUGAUUGCUUUGGCCAUGGUUUUGGUGCAGCAGAACGAGGCUAUGAACCCUCGCGUCAGCACACUACGCAAGACCAUGCUAAAGAUGGUUGGUGACAGGCACGAGGAUGCAAUGGCCAAGUUUGGCUGUGCUGUCGCUCUUGGUAUAAUUGACGCCGGCGGUCGCAAUUGUACCAUCAGCCUGCAAACUCAGACAGGCAACCUCAACAUGCCUGGUAUCGUGGGUGCUGCAGUAUUCACUCAGUACUGGUACUGGUUCCCUCUUACCCAUUUUCUUUCGCUGAGCUUCGCCCCUACCUCGGUCAUCGGUGUUGACCAGAAACUCGAAGUCCCAUACUUCAAGUUUCACAGCAACACCAGACCUAGUCUCUUUGACUACCCUCCUGAGCAACAAGUCAAAGCCGAGGAAGCGCCGGAGAAGGUGAAGACUGCGGUUCUCUCAACCACUGCACAGGCCAAACGACGAGCACAGCGCCGUGAGAAGCAGGCAAGACGAGGAAGCAUGGAGAUCGACCAAACCCCUACCACUCCUAAGGUUUCGGAUCAAAUCCCAGACAAGAUGGAGACUGAUGAAGGAGCGACUAAGGGCGAGGAAGGGGCAAGGGAAGGCGAGAAGGAGGCCGUUGAGGGUCAGAAGAAGAAGGUUGAGCGCGAGAAGGUUGGCUAUGAGCUAGACAACAUGUCAAGAGUUCUUCCGGCUCAGUUAAAGUACCUCACAUUCCCGGACCCACGGUACGAGCCGGUUAAACGACCCACCGGCGGUGUUGUUGUCGUGCUCGACAACAAGCCAGAAGAACCCCGCGAGACUAUCGAGCUCAAGGCCAGCAAGGAAACACGGCAACCUGUUGCCCCCCCAGAAAACCUGCAGGAGCGCAUACAAGCAGCUAUCAGCGGUGCUGGUCUACAGACACCCCCUCGUUCUACCGGUUUCGCCGAGUCCACCGCAACGUCGGGGGCUACUGCUGCGGCAGGAGUACUGACCGCAGUAGAUGAGGAUGAGGAUGGAGAAGAAGCGCCUGUUCCCGAAGAGUUCGAGUACCACAGUGAUGAAGAGGGCGACUACUGA